CUUCUUCAUAUGGACUCCCCUCUAUAAAAAAAAAAACCCUAUUCUUCCACUCCUUAACAGAAUUCUAAUUAAUAUUAAAAUAGAUAAACACCUCUUCAACCUCCAUUCUUAUUUUCUCUUGCGUUUCGCCCCCUUUCUCUCUUAGUAACAGUCGUUAAGGUCCAGAAGGAUUGGAAGACGAAAGAAAUUUUAAAGCAGCGAUCGCCCAGAUCCUGUUUUAAAGCCUGUUUUCGGUUGCUACUUUGAGAUAAAAUCAUGGGGUUUCUCCAUAAGCUCUGGGACGAAACGCUUGCAGGGCCGGCGCCUGAUUCAGGGCUCGGCAAACUGCGCAAGUAUGAUUCUUUCUAUGCUGCCACACAAAGAUCUGCUCCGGCUGUCCUUCCUCAUCAGGAGAUGGCUAUCACUCGAAGCAUCACUAUUCUUAGGACUAAUUCCAAUUUCAAGAACCUUUCUGUCGAUCCUGGUUCGGCUCCUGACUCGCCUGCUACCCCUAGCACUCCUGGGACCCCUUUCACACCUGGGACGCCACGCGGGGAAUUCAGGAGACCGACGAGCUGGAGAAAAUCGUCUGCAGAUGGACUAGACCACACCGAGCCUAGAAGUCCGACAGUUCACGAUUGGUUCCUUUUUAUUUUCUUUCUUACAAUAAUAUUAAUUCACAAUAAAAAGUUAAGACUUUUAAUAGGAUGAAAAUUACGGCUAAACAUAUUAAAUUCGCCAGCAGCACUAAAAUUUUAGUGACAUUUUUUAUAUUUAAUAAUUAAAUAUUUAUUUUUAAAUUUUAAUAUAUUUUCAAAUUAAUUUUUUUAAUUAAAAUUUCGUUAUAAAAAAUUCAAUUUGUUAGUAAUGAAGUAUAUGUUCCUUAUGGCUUGGAUUAAGAUUCUAAUUAUAACAUGUGGUUCCUGGCAGGAUUGUGAUAAAUGCUUUAGAUCGUUGAGGGAGGAGAUUAAAUCGACGAUUUCGGUCAAAGAAUCGGCAACAGUUAUAUUAUACUAUACUAUUACAUUCUUGUACAUAGAUGAUCGACUUGUCUGAUCAUAUGCUUCUUCUUCAUAUGCAUAUAUAUAUAUAUAUGAAAAACAAACCGUAAAUAUUAAUUAAUAGCUAAAAUAAGAGUGGUUCGAUGGAUUGAAUAAUCGCACAGAAGGAACCAGCCGCCGCUUCUACGAGUUUACGAGAGUGGAAUGAAGUAGGAAAAUUGAGAUCUGCUUCAGCUUAUGUACAUAUUUUUAUAUUGGGGUGUUUUUUAUAUUUUUUUUUCUUUUGUUCUUGUAAAUAUGGUAUUUUCUUCUCUUUUGUAUUUUGGUUUUAUUGUUCUUGUACAGACGAUUCUAGACAAAUUAAAUUCUGUCUUUAUGAAUCUAAAAUAUAAAUAUAUGUAUUUCACUUUUUUUUAA